AUGACCAGUGAAAACACUGCUGCUGCAACUCAGCAUGCACCGUGGCUACCCGUUCCGUCACGUGCCAUAUCCGUAGUCGAGCACCCGGCAGUCAUCAAGAACAUAGACAAGGGCAUUACCUCUCUAGGCGGGCCAGUUAAACUGAGCAAGGGUCUGCGCUCAAAACUGGAAACCACGACCAACGCAGAGGGUGAUGACGAACUCAAAAAACUCAUAUCCGUGUCCCUACGACCAGAUGACCCCUUUGCCAAGCGUCUACUGUCGACGCCAGUGAGGACCAACAACCUGCUUCUCAAAGUAACAGUGCCCAAGCGAACGGGCCGCAAACGAAAGCGCGGGUCGUCAGGUCCCUUCCUCACCGAAGACGAGGUCGGAAGUCGCGGCAGUCAGCCCUACGUCGAUGCAUCAACCAUCUACAGGAUCCUCCAAGACAAUGCGUCGACAUAUAAGGUCGCUCUUGCCGGUGUAGUCGACGAGGCGCAUCGGUUCCGAAAUAUGCCUGAUAUGCAAUAUAAUGCCUCCCACAACAAUACUAUGGUUGCUCUGCGCGAUCAUGUCCUGCCCAAUCGAUACCAACUGUUGAAAAGCUUUGAUGUCAAUACAGAAGCUGGUGCAGACCUCAACAAAAGCGUUGGCCCAUCACCAGAGUUUCUGCAGAUGCCGAUUGCAUUCAACUAUCGGUUCCAACAAAACGCCAACGUCAAGUACACUGACACAGGUGUGGUCAACAUACAAAGAAGCUUGGCCUACAACGCAUACACCAUCAUCAAGCCCACCGAUGAGCACGUGCCGACUGGACCCCGACUUGGCCUUCCUGCAGAAAGUAAUCUUACGCCAUAUAUGCAGGCCUUGAUUGCAAACAUUAGAGCUCUACUCCUCCACAGGCCUAUCGUGACCCGGCAGCUCCUGUACAACAAGCUCGGAUGGGACAAGCGAACCAAACUCAGGCAGGCAGCUAUAUAUUGUGGAUUCUUCUUCGAGAGUGGACCGUGGCGGGAGGCUCUUGUGCGUUGGGGAGUUGAUCCCCGCAAGGAUCCAGAAUACCGCAGAUACCAAACGGUAUCGUUCCAGUCAUAUGUCAAAUCAGGCAUCUCGAAGCACCGUAUAGCCUUCGAUCAGCAUGUCAUAAAGCUAGCCAAAAUGUCUCCGGAAGAACUAGAGACUGAACAUACCUUUGAUGGUGUUAAUGUCUCCCAAACUGGUAACCUCUUUCAAUUCUGCGAUAUUACAGACCCUCUCAUCGCAAAAAUUCUGGCCACAAACGACAUACGCACGACCUGCGCACCAACCUUUCAAGGAUGGUACCAUGCCGGAACAUGGGCUAAAGCGACGGUGAUCUUGAAGGACAAGAUGAACACGAUUGUCGGGGGUGAAAAGCCGGAUGAUAGCAUAUACCAACGUAUCAUGGAAUGGCCCGAGUUAUGGGACGACAAGGAAAUGGCAGCUGCAUACAGAGCAGAGAUCGACAAUCGUCAAGUCCAUCAUGAGAAGCGGAGGGAGCACCAGGUAAUGCACAACGUGCGCUGUGCAGCCAAAAACCCACGAUACGCGUUUGAGCAAAUGGAAGCGCUUAAAGAACGGGAGGGAGAUGUUGGUGAGGAGCAGGAAGCGGAAGAUGUCGACGUUCCAGAAGACAUGACAGAAGAACCUGUAUCGGAAGAUGUACUAAACGCAGAUACCGAGCCAGAGCAAGAAGACGAGGACGAGGACGAGCGAGAAGGCGAGGAAGAAGAUGGCGACGAUGAGUUACAGGGCGACGAACAUUACAAUGAUAUGUAUGGAAGCGAUGAGGUUGACGAGGAUGAUGACGAGGAUAGCCCUCUGAUGUCUCUUCGAGCAGCAUCAGAGGGCCCAGUUCCAUUCGGGGGCUACUACAGGGUAUAG